AUGUGUUUUGGCGGACGCCCGCGACGACGUUGUGAGCGCAUUGACACCGGCAGACUGGCGAAGUCAGCUGUUCUGAACGCGUAUCAAAGUACGCUGUCAUGCGAGUUGGAUAAACGCUCACUGGGUGCAAUUGAAGCUCACUGGUCCCAUAUUCACCAGACUUUACUAGCAGCAGGCAAAUCCUCAUGUGGUGUGUCUAUUCGCCAACAUGGACAUUGGGUCUCUUCACAGUCUCUGGAACUUAUGGAUGCUCGCCGGCAUAUUCCGGCUGGAAGCGAACACAAUGAAACUCGCAAGGAGCUCCGGGCAAAACUCCGUGCUAGCCUGAAGAGAGACCGCGAAUCCUAG